AUAAAGUCAUUUGCGAGAACGCACCAUGUUGUCUGUUGUCGGUAGACCUCUGAACAGUCUGAGAGUCUCCGGUGCGUUGACCAAGGCUACAGUCGCGAUGGCGGACGCUCUGGCUAAAAUCCCCGAUGUGGAGAUUGAUCCAGAGGGAACCUUUAAGUACAUAUUGGUCAGAGUGAAAGUGAAAGAUGGCGAUGUGCACAAAGACAUAGUCCGUGGCACAAAAAGUGCAGAGUAUCACAAUCACAUAUUUGAGAAGGUCAAUCCAGCUAUGGAGGCAUUGGGGAUGGAGUGUAAAUGCCUUGGAGGAGGGAAGAUAGAGCACAACAGCCAAGAGAAAAAGCUCAGGGUGUUUGGAGAAUCAACUGCCUUUGGCAAAGCAGACCAUUCUGUGUCUGUAGAGAAGUUGAAGACUGCCUUCAGCAACUAUGAGAUCACCUGGUCUGAUGACAAAAAAUAAGAGUCUGAACCUGAAUGUUAUUUCAAAUGUCUGCCUUUAUUUAUCAGUUCCAAAACAAAAAGCCACACGAGUAAUGUUUUGACUCUUCUGUACAAACAUUAUCUAUCAUUUGAUUAAAAUACACAAUUCUGCA